AUGGACCACGCGACAAAGUUACUCGAGCUUCCCAUUUGGAGCGCUGGUUCUUAUCCCGAGGACGGCAGUCCCUCCGAGCACAUUCGAAUUUCUUAUAAGCGAGCAACAAGUAUUGUCCAACACGUAGGAAUGACAACCAAGGACAUUGUGACACUCAGUCCCAAAUUCCGCGACUUCCACACAAACUUCCUCGGGACGGCUGACAGUGCCGUCGCGACGAUUCUCAGCACCCACUGGAACCUCUGCAUGGGAACCAUCGCCGCAUAUGCCGAGGACCAUCCGGGUUCGUCUUACACGCGUCAGGUCCUCCUGGAGCUCCAGGAGUUUCGGUCCGUUGGCGAAUUCAUGCUGACCGAGGUUGCUCGUGGCUCCGAUGCGAGUAAUCUGGAAACUACCGCCACUUACAACCACGACGGAUCCUUUGAUUUGCACACCCCAAACCCAAUGGCAGCAAAGUCUAUGCCUCCGACCUCCCCGGAGGCUGGGAUGCCCCGGAUUGCGGUUGUCUUUGCGCAACUCGUUGUGAAUGGAGAGCGCAGAGGAAUCCGUCCUUUUAUCGUGCGUCUUUGCGACGCUGACAAGAUGGCUCCAGGGAUACGUUCACGCCUAUUGCCCCGUAGAAAUGGCCCAAAAUACGUUGAUCAUUGCAUCACCAUGUUUAAUCAUGUCCGGCUGGAGCCGGCGGCGCUGCUGGGAACUUUGAACGCCGCCACGGACCUACGCGGAGAAGUUUCCCGCCAAGUACAUCGCCUGACAGUCGGGGCAUUGUGUUUGGCCAUGGGCUCUAUUCCCAUCCUUAGAGUUACAGCCUUCGUGUUGGGGAGAUACGGCCAACGUCAGCACGCAGCAGGUCCAAAGUUGGGCGAGAAAGUGCCCAAGGCGUGCUUUGCUUCACAGCAUGGCCCUGCCUUGGUAGCAUUGACAUUGUCAUCCGUUCUAGAAGCCUACGCAGCAACAGUUUGGGAGGAAUUUUGCUGGGAAGAGCAGCCCCAGCUUCGCGAUGGCCUUGCCUGUAUCUUUAAGACGGCCGCAACCAUUGAUGGCCAGUCCAUCUUGACAGAGAUGACUGACAGGUGCGGUUGGCAGGGCUUGUAUACGCACAACCAGAUUACAGAGCUGGCGUCUUCGUUUCGUGGAAAUUUGAUUGCCGAGGGUGAUUUUUCACUUGUGUGUAGUCGACUUGUUUCGGAGCUUCUUCUUGGGCGACAAAGCAUACCAAAAGCCAGGAACCCGACAUCACUGCUUGCUAAACAUGAGUACGGCGUCUGGAAGGAAGCAGCAUGUCAAGCAAAGGCCAUUUUGAGCACAGACGGUAGCAAUCGUGACGACGUAUUCAACGCAAUGCUUCUUCCGCGAUGUCGAAAGCUGGUCCUUGCUAUCGGGCACAGGAUGGCAUACGAAGCCGCCGUGGACUCGAGUAGGGUGACAAUCGAAAUGCUUCGGCUCUAUGAAGCAACUUGCAUGUUGGAGGAUCCAGGAUGGUAUGUUGAGAAUACCAAAUUCACGUCAUCCAAGCUGGACGAGCACCACACCAUGGCUGUGCGUGCGCUUCUCCCUAGUUUGGACAGGUUGCUUGAUGAAAGCGGUGCGGCGGCUUGGGUUACAUCACCGAUAGUGACUGAAGAACGAUGGAUGGACUUUGUCGGGAAGCUCCCUGAAUUCAGCUCAGAUGGCUGCAACGGCAAAGGCAGAAGCCGCGUAUGGAACAGCACCAAUCAUGCCAGUAUGUCCGAAUCAAACGUUGGGGACUCGGGGGAUCCUGAUGAAUACUUGGAGUUGGAAAAGUUGAGGGCUUCCCAGCCGGUAUCCAACCUCGCUUCUAGGAAUUGCAAUUGUCUGUAA